AUGGAAAAAUGUGAACGUAUUCGUAGAAUGAAACAAUGUAUUGUUGAAAAAUUAGAUCUACGACUUAUUUUGGAUGAAUAUUCAUUUCUAAUAAUAAAUGAAAUUGCUCAAACAACUAAUGUUUCAAUAGAUUAUAUCUUUUUAACAACAAUUAUUGCCCUUUGUCAUUGGACAAUGGGAGCUUCAUUAAAAGGUGCUCAAGCUUAUAAUACACCAUUAAUUCUUUUCGGUAUUUUAUGUGGAGGAAGUGGUUCUAAAAAAAGUGCAUCUAUAAGAAUAGUAAAAGAAGCUUGUGAAGCUGUAGAAGCAUUAGAUGGUACACCUGUCAAAAAGUCAUCUAUCAAUGCAUCAGUCAAUAUGGAAUCGUUAUGUUGUGAAUUGGAACAACAACCGAAUUUAUUACAAUUAUGGGAUGAAUUAUCUGUUUUCUUUGGUAUUUUCGGAAGCACACGUGUUGAUCGAACUGCAUAUGAUCGUGGUUUAAUGUGUGAGUUUUAUAGUCCAACUGGUAUUGUUCGUCGACAACUCGUUAGUAGACAUAAUGUCAUGAUUAAACCACGUUUAAAUAUUAUAGCAGCUGGGCAUCCAAAACGAACAAUUGAAUGUUUAACAGGUAUUGCUUUAAAAUCUCAAGAUCAGAAAGAUCAAAAUGAUGAUGGUUUAUUUAAUCGGUUUUUGAUUGCUGUUGCAUAUAAGCAUCGCCCUAACCAAGAAAUAAUUGAACCAAAUAAAAAAAUACCAAAACUCGGUCAUUUGUUUUAUUUAACUAAAAAACUACAUCGUAACACAGAAGAAUACAUCUAUAACGACGAAGCAAAAAAAUUUAUUAAAAAUGUGAUUUAUGAUUAUGAUAUACUGUCAUCCGACAAAUCGAAUGAAGAUGAUUUUUUAGCAAGUUGUUAUCAAAAAUCAAUGGAACGAGUUGAACGUUUAUCGCUCGUUCUUCACAUUCUUAAAAUAUGUUCUUGUCGAUUAUUCAAUAUGGUUCAACAUAUUAAAUCAUUUGGCGUUCUUGAUGAUAAAUUCAAAAUAAUUUGUACAGAACAAGAACUAAACGAAGAUGAUCAUUUAAUUGAUUAUGAUACUUGUUUUCGAGCUUCAUUAUUAACAAAAUUUUAUCUUAAUCAAAUUAAAAUAUUAGCUGGCUAUGAUCCAAUAACCGAUCAUAUUUUAUUGAAUAAAAAAUAUAGUAUGAAUGUACCAGAAAAUGAAGUAAUGCAUAUAAAGAAAUAUAUUGAAAAUCAUCCAUCUGAUCGACUUCUUUUAUCAUCACUACCAGCAAAUCUAAAAAGAAAAAUAAGCAAAGAUCAAUAUUUAUUGAUACUUCGACAAAUGGAGGAAGAAGGCAGAGGUAAAAUAGAAGAAACAAACAAUACGAUAGGUCCAAAAGCAAUCGUAUUUACAAAAAAGAAAAAAAUUGAACAUGCACCAAAUACAUCUUCAUCAACAACACAUCAACAUACAAAUGAAACUAUAUUAAUACCUUCUGGACAAACAGAUGAACCUUCAUCAACAAAUCAAUCUUCUUCUUCUUGA